CCAGGAAGCGAGCCCAUCACCAUGGGCGGCUAUACAGACUUCCCUCCAGAGCAGCGCCCGGGCUACAUGCAGCAGGCGCAAGCAGCAGCGCAGUACCAGUACACUGCGGGCGCACCAGACCCGCGAUCGCCUACCUCGCCGGGCGUCGCAUAUGCGCAGCCGGGCGCUGUACAAUAUGCGACGGGCCAGUAUGCGUACUCCGCUGCUCCAGCGACCCAGGCCGGGCCAACGAGGAACCCGUCGCAAACCGGAGGCUUCCACUAUGCGCCGCAGCCCGAGAAGAUCACAUUUACCGCGAAGCCAGUGGUGCCUACGACGCAGCCGCCGCCCAUACGACAUACAACGCAGCCGACGAACCCGCCGUACCAGGCGCAUCCGCAAUAUGCGAUGCCGCAAGCCCCGGCUCCAGCUCCUCCGCCUCCGCACGCUGCCCAACAAGCAUAUCCGCCGCCGCCCAUGGGAACGCAUUCCCCGCAGCCGUCGCAUCGGAGAGGCGCGUCGCAUUCGGGACCGACAACAUCGUAUGACGGACGUAAAGUGGUUGAGAUGGUACCUGGCGGUGGAGGGAAGCUGAAUGCGCCGCCUUCGCCUGGGUUGCGGCCACACAGCUUGUCAGUGAGCGGAGGAAGACCGGAUGGAUUGACACCACGUAUGGACAGGCUGUCUGUGAGCGGUAACAGGCCGGAUAUCCAGACCAUUGCGCCCGGCGGUAUGCCAGGAGGCUUUCCGGGCGGCGGGCUGCCACCACCAAGCCCCAUGCUCGAAGCAUACCACGGAACAUACCAGUCGAUAUCACCGAUGCCCCAGGCAAUGAUGCUGGACGACGAUCUAGAUCACCUUCCACCGCUGGACAGCCUUUCUCCAAGAGCAUCGAGCUCUUCGGUCCACGGUAGCCGACGUCGCGCGCAUUCUUCUUCACGGCGAUCGCCGAGCCCGCAGCGAAAGUCAAAGCACAAGGAUAAGCUAGCAUUAGAGGCAUAUGGAGGAUAUGGAGGACGCGAUGACCGAGAUGGACGAGACAAGGAGAAGGAGAAGCGCAGAGUGAAGAUCUACGACGCGGAAGAGGACGCACUCGCGCUUGUCGAAGCAAUGGCCGCUCGCACCGUCGACGUGGACACCCUGAUCGACAUCCUCCCCGCCCUCUCGCACGACCAAAUGCUCGAGCUGCGCUCCGAAUACAAGCGGCACUGCAAAGUGCAAGGCCGCGGCAUCAACAUCGCCAAGCACAUCAAGAUGAAGACCAGCGGCAACUUUGGCAAAAUCGCCUACGUCACCGCUUUGGGCAAGUACGAAAGCGAGGGAUACUGGGCAAACUACUGGUACCAGUCCAAUUCCGCACGCCGCGAACUCCUCAUCGAAGCCCUCAUGGGCCGCCAGAACUUCGAGAUCCGUGAGAUCAAGGAUGCGUUUCGCGAUAAGCGGUAUGGGGAUGACCUGAAGCGGUGUAUGGAUAAGGAGCUCAAGGCGGAUAAGUUUCGCAAGGCGGUGCUUAUGGCGCUGGAAGGGGAGAGACAGGAGGAAAGCGAUGCGUGGCCGGCAGAGUAUCGGAAUCGAGAUGUGGAUACGCUGUACAAGGCGCUGAGUGCGAGGGAAGGGGGUGAGAGCGCCAUGUUGAGUGUGGUAGUGCGGAGGAGCGACGCGCAUCUGCGCGAGGUGCUGCGGACGUACGAGAGGAAGUACCAGGGCAAUUUCGCCCGCGAUGCGCUGAGGAAGAGCAACAACCUCGUCGGCGAAGUCAUAGCCCACAUCCUCAACGGCGUCAUCAACCGCCCCGCCCGCGACGCCAUGCUCCUGCACCACGCGCUCAUGGACCUCAUCGAGCCGCCGCCCUCCCCGCGCUCCUCGUCCAGCAAACUCGCCUCCUCGUCCUCCAAGCACGAGCGCCAGCAGCGCUUCGAGCUGCUGAUUAGCAGGCUGGUCCGCCUGCAUUGGGAUCGCUUGCAUUUCAUCCGCGUCAAGGCUGAGUAUGAGGAGAAGUAUGACAGGGUCGUCGAGGAGGAUAUGGAGGAGGCGACCAGGGGCGACUUUAGGGAGUUUUGUCUGGCGCUGUGUCAGACGAGAUAGGUGGAAGGGGAAGGGGAAGGGGGGGGGAUUUGGAAUGGGAUGUAUGGUUUUAAAUGGAUACCCCCGGCUUCGCUUCGAGUCCAUUGGUUUUUCUCUGUUGGGGAUAUGCAUGCAAUGUUUAAAGGCCCCUCUCUAUUGACCUAAGGGUAAGGCGAUGCGUGCGUAGGUCUACCCGGUUGAUUGGCAUCUGAUAGCGCAUCUCAGCUCCAGCCUUCUACUGUAUCAUAAAUGCCGGAUGCUUCACCAACUCAAACCAACUCAACUCAACGCGACUAACUGGCCCUUUGGUCAACCGAGCCUCGCAUACAUAAUCCUUAUCUCACCUCACUUCCCCUCACCUCAUCUCACUUCCUUCAAGCCGACCCGACAAAAAGGAGCAGGAAAAGAAUGUCCUUCCUCGGUUGGUUAG